GUGUAUUUUUAAGAUUUUCUUUGCACUAGUGUGGAAGUUUAUAGACAGAAAAUGACUGAAAAUUGACCCAAAAUUGUUUUAAAACAUGGUUCUGUCAACACACUGAAUACCAGAGUUUAUUAAUAGCUAAGUAAUAGUUUCCUCCUGUCCAGUUCGACACGGUUCCCGAUACGACAGGAUUCUCCAACACCGUGACCCUGAGGGGCUUCACCAUGAAGAUGGAGGACGCACCGGAGGGUAAACUAGAUCCUGCUGAUGACACCCCUCCUCCAGGUGAACUGGGCAUGCUCAGUGUGAACGCCCUGAGACGCAGCGUCAGCCAGGUGAUGGACGGGAAGUCUCUGACCGUAGACGACGACGUCUGGGACCCAAACGUCUCCGGCCACGACAGUGGGAUGUUUAUGGACGAUGAGGAGUUUGUCGACACCAUUAAAGGCUUCAGCACCGUGAGGAAGGAACACACCAUGUUCACCGACACCAACCUGUGACCCGACAGAACCUGGACCUUUAAGGACACGUCCUCAAAUGUGCCUGAAGUUCCUGCCUGGAGGUCAGUUCCAGACGUCUGGAGGAAAAUAAAGAGAAAAUGGUGCUUCGUGUUCGGACAGUGGAGUGGAAGAACGAAAAAUCUGGUUUAGUCAGAGGACAGAACACCAGCUGGAAAAGACGGAACCAGAAAUGGACAGUCAUAUAAUCAGCCUUUUUAAUCACAAUAUUUUACAGAAAAUCUUUGGUGUUUUUGUACUUUUUCAGUUUUUCAUCUGGAAAACCUUGCGUCUUUGGAUUUUAUCUGGUAAAUUUCUCGUCAGCCUGGUGGACACAGUUUGUAAAGUGCCAUGAAGUUAGUAAGUGGUAGAAUUACUGGUUUUCUUCUCAAAGUCAACGCUGAACAAACACCUCUGAGCCACAACAUUAAAACCAGAUGGACGUCGCUGUAGGUCGAGUUGGAGCUUCUUUGGAUCAGACUUUUCCUGAUUCAUUCAACGGAAUCUCAAUUGAACUGAGAUCUGGGGAAUUUGUAAAGUUCGACCAAUGUUUUCAAGUGGAGUUUUCUUCAAGUUCUCCAAAUGUUCAUCUCAGUAUGAGGAUAAAUUUCUCCAUUAAUGUUCUUGAACCAUUUGCUGAAUGUUGUUGAAGUGGGGAUGUUGGUCUGAAUAUGGAUCUAGUGAAAGUUCACUUGAACGUCUUUCAAGUCAACAAAUUUCUGAAUCUACAUCGUUUGAAAACACAAAACCUCCAAAUUCAAACCAGUUUAAUCCGUUUUAAGACAACAAAACCGUAACAACAGUUCCUUACUUUGUAAUAAGACGGCAAAAUUGUAGUUUCUUCUGUUUUCUGGUUGAACAAAAUAUUUUUUCACUUUAAAUGUAGUUUUUUGUAGAAAGAGGUGAAUGUUAAGGAGCAACUGUGUUCCUGAAAAAAUAAAAAAAUAUCUGAGUUGUCUGUGUAGGUUCUCAUUCAUCCAGGUCAUGGUUAUCCAAAGUAGUUUAAAUCAAUUCACUGGACUUUAAGAAAGUUCCUUGAAGACGUUUCACCUCUCAUCCAAGAGGCUUCUUCAGUUCUGGUGGUGGUUGGUGUUGCCUCAGCUUUUAAACCUCUGUGAGGUGUGUCCAGGGCUAUUAUUCCAACGACCGAUACCAAAACUCUUCUGACUACUCAACGAUGGUCGUUGUAUCGGUGGGGGUCGUUGAAAUGCACAGAUGUCACUGAGCCCUCGUGUGCUAAUGGUGGUCAUUAGCAUGAGUAUGAGCAUAAUAGCCCUGGACACACCUCACAGAGGUUUAAAAGCUGAGGCAACACCAACCACC